AUGGCUUUCAUUAAAGAAUCAAGCGCCAUAUCUUUCAAGUACGAUUCUGAGACCCUGAGGGUUGAAUCAUGGGGUCCAAAUGCCUUCCGUGUCCGAGCCACUCAUCAGCCCGUGUUUCCGGCGGAGAACUGGGCGCUCGAAGAGCCAGUCAUAGCCCCUAACGAUGUGUCUAUUGAGGCGGGCGAAACAGCAAGUAUAAAAAACGGGAAUAUCACCGCUACCAUUUCAGCACGUGGAAAGCUUCUUAUCUUCAACAAUAAAACCGGCAAGCCCAUAUUAGAGGAAUUCUCGCGCCAUCGACUCGAUCUUAUGGACCCAAAAUCACGAUUCGAGUCACUUGAUGCCGAGGAGCGGAUUUAUGGUAUGGGCCAAUACCAACAACCAUUCAUGAAUCUCAAGGGUGCACAGCUGGAACUUGCCCAGCGAAAUAGCCAAGCUAGCGUUCCUUUCGCAGUCUCUAGCCUUGGCUAUGGCUUUCUCUGGAACAACCCUUCAAUUGGUCGGGCUGUGUUUGGUACAAAUGUAACGACAUUCGAAGCGUCGUCCACCAACAUUAUGGACUACUGGAUUGUUACCGGAGACUCGCCUUCUGACAUUGUUAGGGCAUAUACAGAUGUGACAGGAAAGUCCCAGAGAUGCCCGAAUGUCAUUGUCGUUGACUUCUUCCACUGGCCUAAAGAAGGCGAAUGGAAAUUUGAUCCUACAUUCUGGCCUGACCCUGAAACAAUGAUUAAGGAGCUCAAGUCUUUAGACAUCGAAUGCAUGGUUUCUGUUUGGCCCACUGUCGACCGUCAGUCAGAGAAUUACUCCGACAUGCUCUCUCAGGGCCUUUUGAUCCACCAGGAUAGAGGCUGGAGGAUAUCUAUGGAGGACGAGGCAGAGCCCGAAUAUACGGUAUAUGAUUUCGACAUCUACCGGUAUUAUAGAGGUCCCAACCUGAUGAUCGGUAACUGGUACCCUCGGGAUUACUCUCGAGGCUUCUACGAAGGGAUGAAGGCUUCCGGACAGGAUAAAGUUGUGAAUUUGGUCCGUUGCGCGUGGGCCGGAAGCCAAAGGUACGGUGCUCUCCUCUGGUCUGGAGACAUUGCUAGCUCGUGGGGUGCCGCUAAUGAGGUUUGGUCAUAUGGCGAGGAAGUCUAUCAAAUCUGCAAGACAUAUUUAGCUCUACGGGAGAAGAUGAAAGAUUAUAUUCGGGAGCUGAUGAAAGCUGCUCAUAUUCACGGCGACCCCCUCAUGCGUCCCUUGUUUUACGACUUUCCACAGGACGAGAAAGCGUGGAGAAUCGAGGACGAGUAUAUGUUCGGUUGGAAGUACUUAGUAGCACCUGUGCUCAAAGCUGGUCAGAUGCAGUCUACGGUCUAUCUUCCUAAGGGGAAACAGUGGCGACUAGUUUCCGCCCAGGGCGAGGCCACGGGGACGCGUUGCAAGGAGGAAGUUAUGUAA